CCUGGGUUCAUCAGGAGCCCACCUCUGGAGGCCUGCGCCAUGUGCCGAUGGAGCCGGCGGCGGCUGACUGUGCAGCAGUCCCAGGACCUGCUCACCCAGAGCUGCGAACAGCAGCCGUGGGGGCUCCUCUCUGACGCUCCAGACUUCUCCGCCCAAGUGAACUCCUCCUCCCUCAACUCCCCGACAGGCCGGGGCUCCAUGGCUGCCCCUUCGCUGCACCCCGCGCUGGGCCCUGCCAUUGGCUCCUCGCUGGGCUCCCCGGGGCAGCUGCAUUCGCCCAUCAGCACGCUGAGCUCGCCCAUCAAUGGCAUGGGUCCACCCUUCUCUGUCAUCAGCUCGCCCAUGGGCCCCCACUCCAUGUCCGUGCCCACCACGCCCACCCUGGGCUUUGGCACUGGCAGCCCCCAGCUCAGCUCGCCCAUGAACCCCGUGAGCAGCAGCGAGGACAUCAAGCCCCCCCUGGGGCUCAAUGGAGUCCUCAAGGUCCCUGCCCACCCCUCAGGAAACAUGGCGUCCUUCACCAAGCACAUCUGUGCCAUCUGCGGGGACCGCUCCUCAGGCAAGCACUAUGGCGUGUACAGCUGCGAGGGCUGCAAGGGCUUUUUCAAGCGCACCGUGCGCAAGGACCUGACCUACACCUGCCGUGAUAACAAGGACUGCCUGAUCGACAAGCGGCAGCGCAACCGCUGCCAGUACUGCCGCUACCAGAAGUGCCUGGCCAUGGGCAUGAAGCGGGAAGCCGUGCAGGAGGAGCGGCAGCGAGGCAAGGACCGGAGCGAGAGCGAGGUGGAGUCGACCAGCAGCGCCAACGAGGACAUGCCUGUGGAGAAGAUCCUGGAGGCUGAGCUGGCCGUGGAGCCCAAGACAGAGACCUAUGUGGAGGCAAACAUGGGGCUGAACCCCAGUUCGCCCAACGACCCCGUCACCAACAUCUGCCAGGCCGCGGACAAGCAGCUGUUCACGCUGGUGGAGUGGGCCAAGAGGGUCCCACACUUCUCUGAGCUGCCGCUGGACGACCAGGUCAUCCUGCUGCGGGCGGGGUGGAACGAGCUGCUCAUCGCCUCCUUCUCCCACCGGUCCAUAGCCGUGAAGGACGGGAUCCUCCUGGCCACCGGGCUGCACGUGCAUCGGAACAGUGCCCACAGCGCAGGGGUGGGCGCCAUCUUUGACAGGGUUCUGACAGAGCUGGUGUCCAAGAUGCGGGACAUGCGGAUGGACAAGACGGAGCUGGGCUGCCUGCGUGCCAUCGUCCUCUUCAACCCCGACUCUAAGGGGCUCUCGAACCCCACCGAGGUGGAGGCGCUGAGGGAGAAGGUGUACGCGUCGCUGGAGGCCUAUUGCAAACACAAGUACCCAGAGCAGCCAGGCAGGUUUGCCAAGCUGCUGCUCCGGCUGCCGGCCCUGCGCUCCAUCGGGCUCAAGUGCCUGGAGCACCUGUUCUUCUUCAAGCUCAUCGGGGACACGCCCAUCGACACCUUCCUCAUGGAGAUGCUGGAGGCCCCCCACCAGCUGGCCUAGGCCUCGGGCCACCUGCCCUGCCCUUGCCCGGCGCACAUGGACCUUUGGGGAGCUGAGGGGUGCUGCUGUCCCUGUCAUCCUACUGCCGCUUGUCUGUGGCCAGGGCCGCGGCUUCCUGGGGCAGCAGGAGCAGCAGAGACCCAGCUAGGCCCUGCCCGCUGGCUCCUGCAGGUGCCUGGGCCGCAGUGCUGGGGGGCUCCUUGUUGCUGUUUGUAGCAGGUGGUUCUUGAGCUCCCCCUCGGUGGCCAUGACUGAUGUGACCCAUCUUUGACAGCCCGGAGAGCUCACUUGGGGAGCGGGGCAAGCGUAGGUGGGUACAGGAGGUUCCCCACCUCCCUCUGGAGCCCAGAUCCUCCCUUUUUGGUGGCAUGGAGGGUGAGCAGCCCCACUUCCCACAAGGAACCAGUGAGCUCCCCCAGCCACUGGGAACAGGAGCUGACUUCACAGAGUUUUGGGGCCACCUGAAGGCCACCGGGACCCGGGGCGCCAUCACCCCACCUUGGUUUCCUCUUUGAGUCACUGACCUGGCUGCAUCUUCUCACUGUGUGCGCCCACUUAACCCAGGGUACCCCAAGAUCACCACGCAGCAUGUGGGCCCCGCAUGGGCUCUGCUGACCCCCGUGCUGGAUGCUCCCAUCCUGGGGCUGCAAGGGAUGCCGACUGGGUUCUCUCCAAGUGGCUCCUGCGAGAACAAGCCAUGCAGGCAGGGGCAGGGGCAUCCUCCUCCUCUGGACCCCGUGUCUGUCUGGGGACUCUGCAGUGUUCCGGGUGACACCAUCCACCUAGAUCCCCUGCUGCUGCAGACCUGAGACCCUGUGUUGAAUGGGAAGCUGGCAGGCUGGGAUGCAAGGAGGGGGCCGGGGGUGCCCCUGUUGGCAGGAGGGGCCUCUGGGAGCCGGGUGGGAGGCCGUGGGAGGAUGGGCGUGUCCAGCUGAGGGCGUGGCAGCACCAGGCAGAGGUGCAGCGCUCAGUCCCUUCCGCCUAUCUCGGUGCCUUUUGCUGUCCGGUGCACCCUGUCAUCUGCCAUCCGUGCCCUCGCCUGCUCUGUGCAGUGCCCCCUAGCUCCUGUGCACCCCUCGGGAAUGUCCGUGGCUCUAGCAGAGAAAACCUAGGGGCAGAAGUCUUCUCAGUGACGUGUCCCCUCCCACCCUGGGCCUGGCUGGCCUCUGCUCCCCGAAGCCAGAACCCCGAGCCCCGUGGCCCGUGCAGCCUUACCUGCCGCCCACUUCCUGUUGCUCUUCCGCAGCUUCCUGUGCCCCUCUCCUUAGUGCCCUGUCACCACCAUUGUGCGUCCAGCGUUGCUGGAGUGUGAGGCGGGCUCUGGGGAGGUGGGACGGCUCUUGAACCAGGCCUUCAGCCAUGCUGCCAAUCUGGCGCAAUUGAGGUGAUUUUUUUGUAAUUAUUAUUAUAUUUUGGUGGGACAGUCUUUAAUUUUCUAAAGAUAGCACUGACAUCGGCUUCUCAGCCAUCCCGUGCGCGUCCCUGCCUUGGCCGGGCCCGUGACCUCCCCCUUGCCGUGUCCCUUCCCGCGUGGACAUUCACACCGGCUCCCGUGGCUGAGAAGCGAAGAUGACCGGGGAGGGGGGCAGGUGGCCUGGCUGGUGCCUGGCGACGGUGCCGGAAAGGACACCCAGGGGCCGGCUGGAGCACGAGUCUCCGUCGGAGCUGGGGUGCGUGGCCUGGUCCCCGUGCCUGCGGCUGUGUGGUUGGACGUGCAUGAGCUGUGCAGAGGCACUGGGCGCGAGGAACCGUGUUACAGUUACCGAUGUUUUGUGUUUCUUCUUAAUCAAGACUUUCCCCGUGUCCCUGUAAAUUUGCUUCCUGUAAGCAAGCACCUGAGGGUCGCUCCCGUGGUGAAGUCUGGGUCGAAGGAGAAUCUCGAGGCAGGAGAUGCAUCUAUUUUCAGAUGCCCAGGGGCGGUGGCUUUGGCUGUCCCGAGCCCUGGCGAUGCCUUAGCCGGGACUCCGCUCACGCUUUAGGGAUGUCACGUCCACCCGGGGAGAGAGAGGAGCAGACGUCUAAAGCAUCGGGAAAGGUUAAAAAAUCUAUUUUUGUACAAAUGUAAUUUUAUCCCUCAUGUAUACUGGAUGAUAUUGUGGGGGGUGGGACCUGUUUUGUUUCUGCUUCUAGCGGUCCAGGUGAGGCGUGGGACGCAGAGGCGUUGCAGGGGCUCCGCGGACCCUGCCUGCAGACGCCUCUCCUGGAGGGGGCGCCUCAGCGCCUGCCCAGGACUUCGCCUCUCGCCCGCUGCCGGCCUUCCCACAACUCUGUCUGACUGUGAAAUUCCUUCCCUCCGUAAUCGUUCUCUGCAACAUCGCGGCACAGAUGUCGGGGUCGGACAAACAGUGGUGUUAGACUCGUGGGAGAGACACACAGAGGAACGUGGGAGAGGAGAAACAAAAUGAGCGUUUUGAAAUA